AUGAUUUUCUACUUCCUGCGCGGCUCGCUUCCCUGGUCGGGUCUCGAGGCCAAGUCACAGGAGGAGAAGUACCGGAAGAUUCGCGAGGUGAAGGAGACGUUCCCCAUUGAGCAGCUUUGCGAGGGACACCCGCAGCACUUCGCCAAGUACUUGGAGCAAGCUCGGAAUCUGAAGUAUACCGAACGACCAGACUACGCCGGCAUGAGGAAAAUGUUCGCGUCGCUGAGGGCCGAGAUCGGGCCUAGCGAGGAUCACGACUUCGAGUUCCUGCGUGGGAAAGAUACUGGUCCGCUGGAACCGCUCCAAAUCGAUGACAGCAUAGAGCAGCCAGAUGACAAGGUCCAGAAGGCUGCAUCUGGUCAAAGUUCCUGCUGCGCGAUCUCCUGA